AUGAGAGCUGUAAAUGUUCUUGGAAUUCUACUUGAAAAGCUUCUUACUACAAACAAUCAGCUUGAAGGAAUAAAUAAGUAUUUAAAGAACAAUCAGCUUGAAGGAAUAAAUAAGUAUUUAAAGAACAAUCAGUUAAAUAGGUUUCAAAGAAACCAUCAUUUUCUUAGAGCUAACAUACUUUGUGUUGCUCUUAUAUGUGAGGUUAUUUCUAAUAUUUUAAUAUUACAAACUCUCAUUAUGAAUCUUGAACAUGAAAAAGCAGAUAUUAAACAUAAUAAAUUGGCUAAAAAAUUACUUGAUACAAAUAAGAUAAUAGGAUAUGAAAUAGAAGAUAUAACAGGAAAAAUAUAUGUUGAAAUUAAGUUUGAAUCUAUACUAGGACUUAUUUACAUAGUCUCCCAAAAUAUUCACUAUAAUCUGUAUGCUGAUAAAUUUGAAAUGCUAGAAGUCUCUAAAAAUGAUGAUAAAAUUAGUGAUAAAAAUGAUAAUAAUAAAUAUAAUGAAAAUACUGAACAUACUAAUAAUGAAAGUGAUAAUAAUAAUAACUCUUCAUUUAUUUCAUCUAAGGAAGUUUUUAAUUAUAUAGAGCAAAUUUUCAGAAUUAAUACUUUAGCAGAAAUACUAUUAUCUAAAACACUUCUAUUUACAUUAAUUCAAUCUAUAUCUAAUAUAAUUGAUAUUAACAGUUUAAACACCUCCACUAUUUACCAACAAGAAUUCAAAGAAUUUUUAGAAUCAACUUUAAGAACUGCAAAAAAUAUAGUUGAUGUUAUAUAUAAAGAGAUAAAUCCUUAUAAGCAUAGAACUUCUAGUGUGAACAUUAUUUCACUAGAUCAAGAAAAAAAGCAAUACUAG